AUGCAGGUCCUCUGCAUGUUAGGCCUUUACGAGGCCUUCAAGGGGCGAUACUCGGUUUUGAUGGGGGAAGAGGCAGCGUACUUGUGGAGAACCAGCCUUUAUAUGAUGGCUUCCGCCAGCGCGCAGUUCUUCGCCGACGCUCUCUCGUUACCCGUGGAGGCGGUGAAGACCCGACUGAAGAAGGACCCCGGCUACGCCGGGUCCCUCAGAGAGGCAAUGUCGCGCAUGCUCGCAGAAGAAGGCCUCGCGGCCUUCUACAAGGGCGUGGCGCCGCUCUGGGCCCACCAGAUGCCCUACACCAUGUUGAAGUUCGUGGCCUUCGAGCGGGCGAUGGAGGCGUUCUACCACAGCGCCAUGCCCAAGCCGCAGAGCCGCUGCAGCGGCCCCGAGCAGCUAACCGUUACCUUUACGGCGGGCUAUAUAGCGGGCAUCUUCUGCGCAAUCAUAUACCUGCCAGCCGACACCAUCAUGGCCGUGUUGAAUGAGGAGAAGGAGGCCAGGACCCUGGCAGCGUUGCAGCGCCUGGGCUUCUGGGGCCUCUGGAGGGGCUCAGCCUCCCGCAUCCUCAUGGUUGCCGCCGUCACGGCAUUCCAGUGGUUCACCUACGAUGCAGUUAAGAUGUACUUCAGGAUCCCACCUUCGCCAGUACCCAGCAUGCCAGAAUCCCUUCGAAUCAAAUUGAACCAGUGA